AUGAGAGAAGUUUUCAUCACCUGUUUUGCGUUUCUUCUAACGCUGACAGUUGGCCAUGGAGGUGAAACUUAUUACAAAGACGAUAUAUUUGACAAAAGCUGGAGACAACGCUCGAGGGUGUCUCUUUUGAGGAAAGUUCUUUUGCAGACUCAUCCUUUUCAACAGCCUAUAGCCAAGAAAUGGACUACUAGUGAGGAAGAUCGAGCCAAAUUUCCACAAACAUACCUAAGCAUUGCCUUGAGAGCAAAUAAUGAGAAACAAAACAACCUGAAGAGAGAUCAGGAAGUCGACAAAUUAUUUAGACGCCAUAAUGUCAUGGGCUUAAAUUUCGACCGAAAGCCAAGACCUCACAGCUCCCUUCAUAAUAAGGAAAUAGAGCGUUUUAGAGAGGUUCUUCGAACGAGAAUGAAGGACAAACCCCGUCAGGAUAUUGAAUUUAUCGAGGACAGUCAAGACAAUGGGGCUAGACAGUACGAGUUGGAAAGUCCACGUUACGAUGAGGUUGUAGCAAAUGGCAAUUCAGAAAAUGAGGACCAAAAUGGUCUCAGCAACAAUUACGUCACAGUUAUUGACAACAUUGAUGGCAAAGACACGGAUUCGUAUAACACCUUGGGUUCGAAUGAAGCCAAACUUGAAUAUACCAAUGUGGCAAAUAGUUUGAACGAAGGUGAAAAUGAAGAAUUUCAAAUGGUAGGAAAAGAGGUCAACGACGUGCUUGGUGCGUUGACCAAAUCAGAUUCCAGAAUAAGUCAAGUUAUAGAUACUCAUUUACCCCAGGCACAAGGAGAGUUAAGCUCCAAUCAAGUUAUGCCCUCGUACGGUGAUAAACAAGCGGAGAACGGGACCAUUAUGGAAAACGGAAGACAGAAACAAAACGACCAGACUCCAUUACCUGGGGAGGUAACGAUUAUUGAAGAUGACGAAAUGAGUCCAAAUGAUGAAGAAACACGUCCAGUCCUCAGUAAGCCUAUAUGGGAUGCCAUUAAACAAGCUGAGAAAAAUGUAACACAGCCAUAUAGAAUCACUCAAACCGUCGGAGCCACCCAAUAUUUUGACAAAACUGUUCCUUUUCCCACGCAGGAAAACAAAAACAAUACAUUGCAUAACACUGGAAGCGCCCAGCAAGUUCACACAAACGUUACUCGUCAACAUAACACCCACAAUUGGCACGUUACAAAUGGUGAAAACAAAAAUCGUACGUUUGCAUACUUACCUCCCUCAAAAAAAUUUAUCGAGAAAAAUAACCUUACCCUCGUUAGACAUUUUGUUGGGAAUCUCGAAAAGAACCUUAAAAUUUUUGCAGGAUUAGCCGCAGAUGACCACAAUCUGAAGACGGAACCUAAACCUACCCAUGCCAAUGUUAAAGAUCACGUGCGAAAAUUUGUACUUACAGGUAGUGCAGAAGAAGGACCAGACAAAACAACAGCGGGUAACAAAAAUAAUCAUCUCGGGGAUCUAACUCCAGGAAUAAAAUCUAACAACUUAACACUUGAAAAAAACAUUUUCCACACCAGAUGGCACUUGCACCAUCAGAAUGACAUUUCAAAUUCUGCAUCAGUAGGGAAUAGUAGCAGACCCUUGCCUUCAGGUUCAGGGACCUUUAAGGUGAAUGAUUCGACUAAAAAUAUCCAUAAAACCGACGGGAAAUACCGGAAACCAGGCAUCCAAAUGGCAUUGCCUCUCAAGAUAAAUGGUCCCACUAGGACAAAAGAUGGUGAUGGAAGGGUCUCUGUUGGUUAUUUGGGGACCCCUGAUGUGGGAAGAAGGCCAAACAGUGAGUAUGUCGUCCAAUUCCCUGGAAAGAAGGUAAAUGCUCGCCCCCUCGCUAAGACAAAGGGCUCCAACCAUUUCCACAUGAGUACAACUCAUACAACUGCUCAAACCUCUGGUAAAGGUACAGGUACCGUAAAUGAUAAGGUGACUAUAACUGAUGCAAAGCCUCUGUCUCUAGAGCCUUCCGUGGAAGAAACGUUUCAAGCAAAAGUAGCGGAGUCACCCAUUCCUCCGGGAAAACCAUACUUAGAAUCAUUACAAGGAAUGGGAACACAACGUAAAGAACGUCUUAGCCUGAAAAUUAAAGGAAAUCAGUUUAAUAACCCGCAGUAUGGUGGCUGGAAGUUUCCGUGGAAUUUAGCAAAUCAUCAACGAGCUAAAGAGGUUUCUUUGCAUGAGAUGAAUGAAUCUUCAACAAACGAAUACAUGAAAAAAAUUCAACACAUGCAAUUAAACGGUCGGCAACGAAAUCAUGACCGGCCACUUUUUGUUUCCAAUGAGGACCAAAAUAAAAAUAAAGACCCUAUUAAAAGUUUUGUUGGCGUACCAUUGCAGCUGGCUCCUCAUCAAAAUGUACGUAAUCCAAACAAAUCUCUAUCGAGAUGGCACGAAGAGUAUGAAAAAUUAAUUGAGAAAUUAAGGGACUUGUACGGGCAAGCCCACGGCAAUUCUCUCCCAGCACAGAGUGCUAGCUUUAAAAGCAACCCUGUAUUGAACGAUACCCAACAGAUGAUGAAGGAGGUUUCCCGUUUUCAUUCAUUGUUUGCUAGCAAAUACGGCGAUCAAAAAGAAACCAGAAGAGAAAAUGGAAUGUUCCUCAAGAACCUGAAAAGUAACGUUAAUGAACGGAACUGGAGAUACAGAGGGCAUAUGAGAAUAUCAGAGGAUCCCUCCUAUAAUUAUGGAGCGGAUCCUGGAAAGAACAAGGAUGUUUCCAACCAUGAAGUUUCUUCUCUCAGCUUUGAAAAGAAUAGAGAAGUAUCAGGUCAAAUAAGGAGUAUCCAGGCUGAAAAUCAGACCUUAUUUGGUUUAUCAAAUUCCGAGGACAUGUUCAAACAGGCUCCAAACAAUACUGAUGUUAUAAGCGAUAAAAUUCAAAACGAAUUCGAAGGAAGUGAGCGUGGUCACCAAAGUGACGUAAGCACUACCUUCGUAAACCAAAGGCUGACAUCUCAACACAGAAGUAUUCCAACACAUAUCAUGAAUAUGUCAGCUACGGGGGGUGACGGUGUUUCUUCACAUCUGGUCCUAAUGAGUUACUUCGGAAACGAAACAGAUCUUCGCAAGCAACUUCAUUUUAGUGAUGACUUUGGAAAUGGGUCAAACACUUCCAUUGCUCCCUCACAAGGCGAAGAAAAUCAGCUUGAGAAUAACAAAACAAGUAAAAUCUCAAAUGAUAUGACCAAGGAGUCUACUCCAAAACUCAUUGUCCAGGAUGGCACAAUUGAUAACAUCUCUGGGAUUCGAAAACAGAAUAAAAGUGACGCUUUGGAAGAAGAAUCUCUGAAAAAGUAUUUAGAAGACUUUAUUUCUUUGUUGAGUUCAGACGGAGCCGCUGAAAGGAACGAAACAGCAAAAGAUGUCUCGGAAAGUGAAUCAGGUCUGAAGAUGUCCAGUGGUCACUCAGAUCCAAUAAUGGCAGCCGAGGCUUCAAAAAAGGAAAACGUAACUGAUUUGAAAGAUAGGGUAAUAAUUGUAGUGUCGCCACAGUCCAUUAAAGAAAUUAUGAAAAAUCGUAGUCACAAUUCUCAACAGCCAGUCGUGCACAAAGGGAUACCAAUAAAAGCUGCGACGGUAGAGAAUUCGACAAUCACACUAAUGCCUAACCUUAUUGCAAACAAGUCGAGGGAAGAUUUCAAAGAGCAUUUUGGAAAUGUAACUAGCAUGAAAGAUCCAACCACCCAAAGCAAGGAUUUCAAACGUCCUUCGCUAGUGAAAGUAAUAAAUAAAACGUCUAACGAAGACAAAGAUAAGUCCAAAAUUAGGAACGAUGAUCUAAAUGAGCUCUAUAAGGAAGAGCUCAAGUCUUUAGAAAUAUCAUUAUCUCGGGAUUUUAUGAAUAGUUGGAUUUAUUACCAAAGAUCACUGGACGAAAUAGGAAUCACACCAAGAAUGCUUCGGUCUGGCAUAGCCAAUCUCGGAUCACCCCAAAGACUGAAAAGGGUCUUUAAAAAGGCUCUCACUGGGAGUGAUCUGAAUGUCCUUGUAGUUGGUGGUUCUAUUUCGGCAGGCGGAGGACUUGAAAAGGAUCGUGGAAAUGUUGAGGGUGUUUACCACAAGGCCUUCAGUGAUUGGUGGAAUAACACAGUAACACCGAUCACAACUUCGGAGUUAAAAAUCAGUGCUGUUGCCAUUGGUGGAACUGACUCUGAAUACUUUUCGUAUUGCAUACAAAACUAUAUGAGGUUCCUUCCGGACAUAGUUAUAUGGGAACUGGCAGCUAACGAUUACAAACGAUAUGCGGGCCGAGAAUUUGCUCCUGCAAAACCGCUAGAACAGCUGAUUAGGAUAAUAUUGAGUUUGCCAUCGAAGCCAGCCUUGAUACUUGCGAACUUCUUUCGAGGAAACUACUACAAGACCGCUGAAGGUCAAGACUGUCCAGACUCUGAGGACGAGGGAGGAAAGUCCAUUGCACAAUAUUACAAAUUAACGUCCUUGAGUUGGAGGAAUGUAAUAUGUUCGCGCGACAAGGAAUUGGACCUAAAGAAACUUUUUAGUUCGGACGGAUACCACCCAAGCCUUCUCGGACAUGCACAAAUGUCGACCCUUUUGAUCUCAUAUAUCAAGGGUGUCUUCGAGGAAACCAUUUCAGAAGAGAUGACUCUGCUCAGAAAUCAUACACCAUCGCGUGAAAAGCAUGAGAUUCCACCAUCUUUAGCAGAACCAAUAUUUGACGAUCCCGUGAGCCCUAAACCGUUGUGUUGGACGCUUUUGACACCGGAUUACGGUCAAAAGCUGCGAAAUACUCUUCCAGAUCUAGAGUUUACAGAAGCAACAGGGUUUCAGUUUGCAAACAUUAGCCAUUGGCCUAUUCGGCGUGAUCGCUUAAGAUGCUUAAAAGCUAUCCAAACGGGAGCAAUGUUGAAGAUGAAGUUUAUCGUUCCUCCUUCAGAGAGCCCAGAUGGCUACAAGCGGGAGUUGGCGAUAACAACCCAUAAUUCAUUUGGGGGAUUGGGGUCUCUUUGGCUGGAUGGCGACCAACAUACUGCUAAAAUUAUUAAAGAGGAAAAUGGACAAAGACGGACUCAAGUGAACGUCUUAACAAAAAGAUUAACACCGGGUGUACAUACAGUUACGGUAUAUGCAUUGCAACCUGGGUUUUGUCUCUCUGCUGUUGCAGUGUUAUGAAAACAAGCGUCACCGAGUACAGAAGGCUAAUCGUAUCUUCAUAACACGACGAGCAGAACCUGGCUUCAUGCCCCGGCCACGUUCCACUCUAAUUUAAAAAGAAUAAAGUAUUUGUUCCGCUUUAGGUUUUCAUCUAAGGUAGUUACUUCAGUCCGGAUCGUUAAGCUAAGAUAUAUUUCAUUAGUGGAGCCGGCGUAACACUGCCUAUUUCUGGGCAUACUGAAGCUACGAGUCUAGCGAAGACCCCAAAAUGUGAUAAAUACUUUAUCGACAGUAUCACAUGGGAUCUACUGUCGAGGCAUCUCGAACCGAUAUAUCACGAACGUGCACAAUUAUUGACGCGUUCCAAUCGUGAGUGCAUGCUAUUCACGUAGUUCAAUAAAAAUGUUUACAGUAUAUGUUGCUGGUGUCAAUGCAGAUAGGUUUUAUUCCAUUAGUGACGUCAACAUGGUUUUUCUCUCGACGUUCAAACUAUAAUGGAACGUUGAAUAAAGUGAACAUUUUAUGAUCGAUGGUUGAUCCUCGGAACAUGAUAAAACUGUCAGUGCACUAGGGUUCUCUCGAGUCAA